CUCACGUGACGGUGACUCGGCUUCAGUCAGCUGAUAAAGUCCUUCGUUCGUAGUUUCGUCCGCAACACGAAGAGCUCGGUCACCGUCGAGUUUAACAGUUGUGUUCUGGUUUGUGUUUUUGCUCCGGACACGAUGACGAAUCUCUGCCCACUGUUCGUGUUCGCGGUCUUAGCGCUGAACGUCGACGCGCUGGUUAGAAUUCCUCUAACGAAGUUCCGCUCCAUCAGACGCGAGAUGACAGACUCGGGGAAAAGUGUGUCGGAGCUUUUGGCCGACAAACACUCCUUGAAAUACAACCUUGGCUUCCCUUCCAGUAAUGGACCCACUCCAGAGACACUGAAGAACUACCUCGACGCUCAGUACUACGGUGACAUUUCCCUGGGAACCCCUCCUCAGACCUUCAGCGUGGUGUUUGACACGGGCUCGUCCAACCUGUGGGUGCCGUCCAUUCACUGCUCCCUUUUAGACAUCGCGUGCUUGCUUCACCACAAAUAUAACUCCGCCAAGUCCAGCACGUUCGUGAAGAACGGAACAGCCUUCGCCAUCCAGUAUGGAUCUGGGAGCCUGUCGGGGUACCUCAGUCAGGACACGUGCAUGAUCGGAGACCUGGCAGUGGAGAAACAGGUUUUCGGCGAAGCCACGAAGCAGCCCGGCAUCGCGUUUAUCGCGGCCAAGUUUGACGGGAUCCUUGGAAUGGCCUACCCUCGCAUAUCUGUGGACGGGGUGGCGCCGGUCUUUGACAACAUCAUGAAACAGAAGAAAGUGGAGAAGAACGUCUUCUCCUUCUAUUUGAACAGGAACCCAGACACGGCGCCCGGCGGCGAGCUGCUGCUGGGAGGGACCGACCCCAAAUACUACACCGGUGACUUCAACUACGUCAACAUCACCCGGCAGGCGUACUGGCAGAUCCGCAUGGACCAGUUGGUCGUGGGCAGUCAGCUGACUCUGUGCAAAGGCGGCUGCGAGGCCAUCGUGGACACAGGGACGUCUCUGAUCACCGGCCCCUCUGCCGAGGUCAAGGCUCUGCAGAAAGCCAUCGGAGCGAUUCCACUCAUCCAGGGAGAGUACAUGGUGAACUGUGACAAGGUCCCGUCACUGCCCGUCAUCACGUUCACUGUGGGAGGACAGAGCUACAGUCUGACCGGAGAUCAGUACAUCCUCAAGGUGUCUCAGGCUGGAAAGACCAUCUGUCUGAGUGGCUUCAUGGGUCUGGACAUCCCCGCCCCCGCCGGGCCCCUGUGGAUUCUGGGAGACGUGUUCAUCGGUCAGUACUACACCGUGUUUGACCGAGACAACAACCGCGUGGGCUUCGCCAAGUCCGCCUAAACCUAAACACUCGCCGCGCCGAAUCGUCCCGUUCCGGCACAAAAAGGAAAACUACAGAAACAUCCGAGCUGCACACGUUUUUUUUUUCUCCGUUGCUUUGCAAUCACUCUGUAUUUAGCAAUAGACUGUGUGUGUCGAGCCUAAAUGCACUGAUCUACACUGGUGUGUGUGUGUGUGUGUUUGUGUGAAAGAGACUGAUGAUGGGUGAUGAUGGAUGUUCAGAUCUGAUCAGGGAUCAGCUGAUCGUAUCAAUAGAACACUGCCUCGUGAAGUGAUUUUUUUUUUUUUCUUCAGGGAUUUGUUUUAAAACUGAAAAAGUGUAAUUUGCAUUUCAGAAUGAACUUGGUUCUUGACGACUGAGUAUUUUAAUGUGAUUGGCCUCAAUAAACACCUUUUAAAACA